AUGUCCAAGGCACAGGCAGAACAGCCAGUGCUCGCCAACAAGGAGGCAAAACUCUUCAGGGAACUCCUCUCUCACUACGAGGAGAAGCAUCUCACAAAGGGCCGCAAAACUGCUGAUCAGAUCCUCAAGAAACACCCAAACCAUGGAGAAACUCUGGCCAUGAAGGGCCUCAUACUCGUCCACCUCGGCCAGCGCGAAGAGGGCAAGAAAAUGGUCAAGCAAGGUGCGAUGCUGAACAUGAAAUCACACAUCCCGUGGCAUGUCCAGGCCCUCAUCCACAAGGGCGAAAAGGACUACGAUGGCGCGCUCAGGGCAUACAAGAACGGCCUCAAGGCAGACAAGGACAACAUCAACAUCCUUCGAGACGCCUGUUUCCUUCUUACGCACCUGCGCAAGUAUGAUGAGCUGGUCGAAUAUCGGCACAGAUUCCUCCAGCUGCGGCCCGUCAACCGGACACACUGGAUCGGUCUUGCCGUUGCGCACCACUUGAACGGAAACCUGGCCGAAGCCAAGAACAUCCUGGAGUGGUACGACAAGUUCCUCAAGAGCACCCCAGACUACGACGCCGACAACUCUGAGCGCUUGCUGUACCACGUGCGCGUUCUCGAGGAGCUUGGUGAAAACACGGAGGCGCUCGCCUUCCUGGACAAGUACGCACAAUCCAGGUACAUCGUCCAUCGCACCAGCACCAUGGAGUACAGAGCGCGGCUCACGACCAAGCUCAAGUCCAGCGAUGCCCCAGAUGCGUGGAGAGUGCUGAUCGAGCAGAACUCGGAUUGCUGGGAUUAUUACAAGGGCUUCUUGUCUGUUGAGAGCAUAGACUACGACUCAAUAACGGACGAGAACCGCGCAGCGGCCUUGAAGCACCUCAACAACUUCUCCCAACAGUAUCCCCGCGCCACUGCUCCGCGGCGAAUGGCCCUCAGCGUCGCGACAGGCGACGACUUCACGAACCUCGCAACCGCCUACCUCUCCUCGAACAUCCAAAAAGGCGUCCCCUCCCUCUUCGUCGACGUCAAGCCCCUGUACACCGACCCCGCGAAAGCACAGUCCAUCCAGUCCAUCGUCGAAAAGCUCCUCGAAGCGCACAACACGCCCCCGGCCCCGCCCCCAGCCGAAAACGGGAGCGCGAGCGCGGAGCCGACCGCGCGCCUCUGGGCGCUCUACUUCCUCGCGCAGCACCACUCGCAUCUCGGCGCGUACAGCACGGCGCUUGAGUUGCUCGACGCGGCGAUGGCGCACACGCCGACGCUGCCGGAGCUGUACAUGGCGCGCGCGCGCGUGCUGAAGCGCGUGGGGGAUCCGUACGGCGCGGCGAGGGUGAUGAACGAGGCGCGGUUGUUGGAUGGGCAGGACCGGUAUUUGAAUACGAAGUGUGGGAAGUAUCGGUUGAGGGCGGGGUUGGUGAGCGAGGCGGGGGAGGUGUUUGGGAUGUUUACGAAGAAAGACGCGGUGAGCCCCGGGGCGGAUCUCGAGGAGAUGCAGUCGUUGCUGUACCUCCGGGAAGAAGGCGACGCGCACUACCGCGCGGGGCGGCUGUCGCAGGCGCUUAAAAAGUACUAUGCCGUUUCUAAUGUGUUCGAUCAGGUCGAGAAUGACCAGUACGAUUUCCACCCGUAUUCGCUGCGGCGGACGCUGCUGAAUGUAUACGUCAAUACGCUCAAGUGGGAAGACAGUGUGCGGUCGCACCCGGCGUAUCGUCAUGCUGCGGUGUCCGCUGCACGGAUAUGGGUUAGCGUGUACGAUGAUCCCAAGCUCGCUGAAGGGCCUGCGGCGUCUGAUUCCGCUACGUCCGGCUCCGACUCGGUGAAGAAGGCCAAGUCCAAGGCGGCGAAGAAGGCCGCGCAGACGCCUGCUGCUACGGAGAAGAACGGCACCGCCAACGCACAGCAGCAGAACACGAACGAGGACAAGGGCCUCGAACCGCCGCAGGCAAAGGACGAGGAUCCGGAGGGCGCGCGGCUCAUCCGGGAGGAGCGGCCGCUCGAGCGCGCGCAGAAGCUGCUCGCGCCGCUGUGGGCGGACGUCGCGCGGGGCGUGUGGGAUGUGGAGACGUGUGCGGUGGCGUAUGAUGUUGCGGUGCGGCGAGAGCGGUAUCUCGAGGCGGCACGCGCGCUCGCGCGUGCGCGCAGUAUCGACGCGGAGCAUCCUGAGGUCCAUGUUCGGACGGUGGAGCUCAAGCUGAAAGUACAAUCACUCUCCGCCCCCGCCGUCUCGGAGACGGCGCUCGCGGCGCUCGUCGAGUCGCUCGCUACCGCGCUGCCGGACGAGCUCUCCCUCGAGACGUUCAACUCGCAGUAUCUCCAGCGGCAUGCGGCCGACGGCGGUGCAGUGCUCGGUGCGGCCAGGGCGGCGCGCGUGCUGCAGGCGCCGCUGGCCGAGGUCGAGGAGACGGUGUUUAGCGCGUUGCAGGAUGGUGUGGCGCUCAAGAUCGAGACCGCCCUUGCGGCCCUUGCGUUCCUCCGCUCUAUCGAGUCCUCGCGGGCGGACGAGUUCCGCGCGGCGUGUGAUGCGCGGUUCGAGCUGGCGACGGUGUUCAAGGCGCCUGAGGAGCUCGAGAGGCUAAGGAAGGAGAGUCUUGGGGAACCUGUGGAGGUGAAGGAGGAGACGCUGGAGUAGCUGGGCGGGUUGUAGUUGGCGUGCUUUUGGUGUUGGGUGCUGAAUAUAUUGGAUUUGG